GCUGUAACCACAUCAGCUGAUUCCAGUGGAGACAUGGUGCAGCUGUACUGCUGGGGAGACAGCUCCAGUGGACAGUUUGAGCCACAGAGAGCCCUCAGCCCGGCGUCCUGGACUGUCCACGGGACCAUAACCUCCAUCUGCUGCGGGGACCAGCACACUUUGUUCCUCACCAGGGAUGGAGGAGUGCUGUCAUGUGGACACAACGCACAGGGACAACUUGGGCGAAAGAAACGUAAAGAUGGGAAGACACCAGGUCAUGUGGAGAGGCUGGGCGAUGUGGUGUCCAUAGCCUGUGGUCAGGACCACUGUCUGGCAGUGUGUGCAUCUGGGCAGGUGUUCUCCUGGGGGGCAGGAGAGGAUGGACAGCGAGGCAUUUCACCACACCUACUGAACAACAAACCAAGUCAGGUGCCGCUGCCACUGCAAAUACCAGUGAUUCAAGUUGCAUGUGGGAACUCCCACUCCCUGGCACUGACUAAAGGAGGUGACGUCUUCUCGUGGGGUUUGAACAGUCAUGGCCAGCUGGGUCUGGGGAAGGAGGUGUCGCUGCAGUACACACCUGACCUGGUGACCGCUCUGACUGGCGUAGCAGUGACUCAGAUUUCAGCUGGAGGGAGCCACACUCUGUUCCUCACACUCCCAGGCCUGGUGUACUGCUGUGGGGCCAAUAAAUACGGCCAGCUGGGGGUCAACAGGGUGGAUGAGAAGGGCAGGUUCAACAUCUGUCAGGUACCUGCCCUCAGAGCUCUGGGUGUCUCCUCCAUCAGCUGUGGGGAGGCUCACUCUGCUGUGUUAACACAGGAUGGCAAGGUUUACACUUUUGGAGAAGGAAGCCAUGGUCAGCUCGGUCACAACUCCUCUGCUCACAAAGACAGACCUACACAGGUCGCCGGUUUGGGUGGACCCGCCUCUCAGAUUUCAUGUGGCAGGCGUCACACUCUGGUUCUGAGCUCCUCUGGCCAGCUGUGGGCUUUUGGCAAUGGGGCCAAAGGUCAAAUUGGGACCGGGCAACUAGAGGACAGCCUGUCUCCCACUCUGGUGCAACUUCCAUGGACCACUGACGGUACAGCAGACAUACCCAGUGACUGGAAAAUAUCAGCAGGGUGGAAUACAAAUUUUGCUUACACUUCACCUACGAAGGGUUUGGACCAAGGACAGAUAACCGGGCGGCUUGAUGAGACAAAACUACAAAAAUGGCUGUCAAUGAAACAUGGCAAUGCAGAGGCAAAAAGAGAAAUAUCCUCGAUGUUUCUGACAAGUUCAAGUCUUGUUGCAAGUUUCACCAAGGCUGAUGGACCUCCAUUAACAGCAGGUGCCUUAACUGUGGACCUUGAGGCAGCGAGCAGAGCGUUCGACCAGAUGCUGGAAAUACCAUGGAUCAGACAAUCAGCAAACAAAGCCGGAAAGUCCUACAAAGUCCCCCUGAGCACCUUUUACGUAGAGGAAAUCAGUGGUAAUGUGCCCAUCACAGACGUCGCUCUUUGGUGGCGUUUUUCUAAAAUGGAGGAUGAUGAAAACACACCCGCCAUUUUCUGCCGCUACCCAUUCCUGUUCACUCUGGUUUGCAAGAUGUCCGUCUUUAACAUGUUUGCAACUGUAGCAAAGGAAGCACAACAUUUCAUGCAUCAAAUGGCUUUAAUGCAUCCUGAAAAAGACUCUGCCCCAGCCCCGAUCUUCCAGCUAACUCUGAGACGAGCUCAUCUGGUCGAGGACACCUUCAGACAGCUUGGUGCAGCCGACCACUGCGCCUUCAGAAGGGAGCUUUUGGUUAAAUUUGUGGACGUCAAUAAGGUGAUGAAUGUCCACAAAAAGGACUUCUUCCUGCAUGUGUUUGAUGAGCUAAUGGCUCCCGAGUCUGACAUGUUCAUGUACAACGAGACCAAGACUCUGGCCUGGUUUCCUCCCAAGCCAAAAGUGGACGAGAAGACUUACUUCCUGUUUGGCGUUCUGUGCGGCCUGGCUCUCUUCAACCACAACAUUAUCCACAUGCCCGUCCCACUGGUUCUCUUCAAGAAGCUGCUCAGAGUCAAACCCUCACUGGACGACAUGAAGGAGUUUGAACCUGUCAUGGCAGAGUCUUGCCGGUGCAUGCUGGAGGACUACACUCCCGAAAAAGUACAAAACUCGGAGAUUACUUUCACUGUGCCCUGGGGUGGUGAGCAAGUUGAGCUUGAUCCGACAGAACCUGGAAAACCUGUCACAGCGUUGAACAAAAAAGAGUUCGUCGACGCCUACAUCGACUACGCCUUCAACAAAUCAGUGGAGGGAGUGUUCGAAGCGUUCAAGCAAGGGUUCUUCAAGGUGUGUGACAUCGACGUGGUGGAGUUCUUCCAGCCUGAGGAGCUGCAAGCCGUGACGGUGGGCCAAGAAAACUACGACUGGGAGGUGUUCAAGAAGAACACAGUUUAUGAAGGAGUCUACCAUGACAGUCAUCCAAACAUCGUGACCUUCUGGGAGGUGUUUGAGAAUCUGACGGCAGAGGACAAGAAAAAAUUCCUCUUGUUCCUCACAGGCUGCGACCGCGUACCCUUCCUGGGCAUGGAGAGCAUCAAGAUGAGAGUCGCUGUCCUCCCCGACGCUGCUGACAUCCAUUUGCCAGAAUCCCUCACCUGCCAUUGUCUGUUACUGCUGCCUAUCUACGAGAGGUACCCAGUGGAGAGGACGAUGCAGACCAGGCUCCUGCAGGCUAUUAAUCACAACAGAGGCUUCUUGAAGCAAGUAGACACAGAAUGAGGCGAUGAAAUCUCCUUCACUAACAUCGUAUUUUCUGUUAGUUUGGCGCCUAUUUAUCUCUACAAUCUGCCAUAUAAUGUUGUGUUAUCUUCAAUUAAUGUUGUUAAGUAAGUUCUAACUGGGGUUCCAUAGUGAUAUUAUAGUGGUGAGUUAUGAAGAAGUAAAUCAGCAGCCGCUGUUCUGUCAUUUAGUCUGAGAAACAGUAAUGCAUGCAUUUGUUUUUGUGCCUUUUUAAUGGCUGAUGCCACUUGCACAUGGUAUAUAUUGAAGUUUGUUAAGCUUACACUGAUGAAGCAGCGCUGCUUGGAGUUUUGUUAAACUAUUACACAGAGUUAGAACCUGUUUUUUACACAUAAUCAUUCAGCUUUGGCGAGUCACAAAAAUAUGCACUGGAGGGAAAGAUUGAAAAACAACAUUAAUACUUCCUGACACAUCACAUACCAGGCCAGGAUGCAUGAAUGAAACCAAUGGCAUUAAGUACCCAGAUCAUGUAAAAGAUGGAUGGAUAUUGGGCCAAAACCUUCUCCACUUCAGUAAAGUUUUAAUGCCACUGCCAUUGCUUUUACUCACUGCUACAUUUAUUCUGAGAUGAUAACCUAGCUUUUUUGGCACUUAAAACCCUUACAUACUAACAUUAAAUGUUUUUCAGUUCAUUUAAGACAAGCUUAAAUCUUAGGGAGACAUUUUAUUUUUAUGUGACAAAAGAAAAAAAGUACUAAAAUGUGUAUAAGUCAAGGAAAUGUGUAUUUUUUUGCCCUUUGUUCCUUAAUAACCUAUUCAAUAAAUGGCUUUCUCUUAUA